AUGCCGAAAGUUGUGUCUCAUCCAAAUAGACAGACAAACAUGACGGAUGGACGAACGGAUGACGAUGGACCGACGGAUGAACGGAUGGGUGACGAAUGGAUAGACAAACGGAGGAACGGAUGGAUGGAUGGACAUACGUCCAUGUAUGUAUGUAUGUGUGUGUGUAUGUGUGUGUGUGUGUGUGUGUGUGUGUGUGUAGCAGUAGAUGGAGAAGAAUUUCCUGAAAACAGAGAGUAUGAAGUUGAUUCGUUGAAAGUGUCAAAGAAGGAAUGA